CGAGCUUGCCUGUCUCCUCCUCUCUUCCCUCAGAGAGAGAGAAGAGAGACACGCCUCCCAUUGGCCGCCGCCGAGGAGGGGCCCUGUGUCCCCGCCCCCCCAGAAGAGAAACUCCCACCAAGGGCACCUCUGCUUUUCCCACGGAUGAGCCGGGGGGCUGCAACAUCUGGCUGGCUGGUGCAGGUGAGAGGGAACGGCUAGCGCGAGUCCGCGCGCCACGGCGGGACUUUGGCUGGAGCCCGAAAUAAAUGCCCCCCCUCCGCUGCAGCCCACCCCCCUCCCCGGCCCCUUCUGCCCCCGCCUCCCACUCCCGCGCCCCCUUCAUGGCUUUGUCUGCCUGAGCCCCUGUGAGGAGGCGGCGCGCGGGGAGCAUGGAGAGACGCGCUCGCGGUCUGGCUCGCGCGGAGCCUCCCCUGGUGUGAAGGCACCCGAGAGGCGGAGGAGCCCGCCGGGAAGAGCACGGCAGCCGCCGGACCCUCGGAGACCCCGCGCACUCGCUGCAGAUCAAAAUAAAAAAUUAUGAUAGCAACAGGAGGAGUCAUAACAGGACUGGCUGCCUUAAAGCGGCAAGACUCUGCCAGAUCCCAGCAUCAUCUAAAUCUUGCAACAUCAGCAGCUACCGAAGAACAAAAGCCGGUAAAACGCCGACCCAGAGCAGAUGUAGUCGUGGUCCGAGGCAAGAUUCGACUUUACUCCCCAUCAGGAUUCUUCCUUGUUCUGGGAGUGCUUAUCUCAUUUCUGGGGAUUGCUAUGGCAAUCCUUGGCUAUUGGCCUGAAAAGGAGCCUUUUCCGGAGUCCGAAUACAGCUUGCCACUAAAUGAUACCCAAGUCAUAGAAAAAGAAGAUGGAAUUAUAAUUCGUUUCUUUGAACAGCACUUGCAUUCUGAUAAGAUGAAAAUGUUGGGGCCUUUCACUAUGGGGAUUGGAAUCUUUAUAUUUAUUUGUGCAAAUGCUAUGCUCCACGAAAACCGUGACAAGGAGACAAAAAUCAUACACAUGAGAGACAUCUAUUCCACUGUCAUUGACAUACAUACUCUGAGGAUCAGCGAACAGAAGCAGCUAACUGCGGCCUACACAGGCUUAGCGGGGGAGAAUGAAGUCAAGCACAACGGAAGCUCUUAUGCGUCACGGCUGGCUGCAAAUACAAUUGCACCCUUCUCAGGCUACGCAAGCAACUUUCGAAUAGACAGCAGUGCUGAGGAGGAUGAAAUUGCGGCGAGUGAUGGCAAAAACGCUACUCAUCUUCUGCCACCUUUGCUUACUGAGCGCUCUGGUUCAGUCUUCGGCCUUUACCCUCACUCUGGAAAGUCAAAGGAGGAUAGGAGUAGCAGUUCUUUAAAGUGUGAAACGAAGUCAAUUGUGUCAUCCUCCAUCAACGCUUUCACGUUACCUGUAAUUAAACUAAAUAACUGUGUUAUUGAUGAGCCCAGUAUAGACAACAUUACUGAGGAUUCUGUUAGCACUAGAGGCAGGCAUAGAAAUUUAUCCAUGGACUCUCUACCCAUACCAUCAACUCAUACCAACGACAUGUACAAACAUUCCAGCACAUUGAUACCAAGAAACAGUUUAUAUGGAGACUCCUCAUCCAAAUCUUCUAUGAAUCUUGGGCCCAGUACAGGAAAGCUUCUGUCACCUGGUGCAGCCAGAAAACAGUUUGGGUCUAACACCUCUUUGCAUCUUUUGUCUGUGCACUCAAAAUCCCUAGACUUAGAUAGGGGCCCUUCUACUCUGACUGUCCAAGUUGAACAAAGAAAACACCCAAGUUGGCCAAGACUGGACCGGAGCAACAGUAAAGGUUAUAUGAAACUAGAAAACAAAGAAGAUCCAAUGGACAGGCUGCUUGUGCCAUCAGCAACAGUCAAGAAGGACUUUACUAACAAAGAAAAACUUCAAAUGAUUUCCAGAUCGCAUAAUAAUUUGAGUUUUGAACAUGAUGAGUUUUUGAGUAACAAUCUAAAACGUGGAACUUCUGAGACAACGUUUUGACAGGGGACUAAAAUUAAUGUGUCAGUAUUUUUUAGCAAAACAAAACAUUUUGACACGUGAUUCUUUUUGGGUUUAGUUUUCCAGUGAAACUGCCACAAGCCUGUUUUUACCAAAUGUUUCUACCCGAUUAAAAUGGCCUUGUGUUAGCAAAGGUGUUAUUUUUCACCUCUGCAGUGCCAAGUGCUUAAUGUCAAGCAGCUUGUUCAUCAAAACACUGCACUGCCAUAGUGAUGAUUGGGUGGUGUCCGUGCUUGGAUGGUAAUUGGAUGGUGGUUUGAGAAUUGAUAUCUUCUUAAUUUACAAUUGCAAUACUGUAUAUUAUCACUGCUCAACAUAUCUCAGAUCCUUUUCCUCCCAGUCAUUACUCUUUUUGUUUCUAUGUAAGCAUGCUAUCUUUCAUUACUGUGAGUCAACAAUACGAGCUGACUGAAUAAGCUUCAAUGUUCAGAGCCAUCAAUGAUGGCAACAUCUUAACAAUGGUGCUUUUAACUGGAGAUGGAGAUGGAUGGAAGGUUUGCUGUGGUGGAGCCAAAUUUAGCCCAUCAGUAUAUCCAGUGGAAAAAUUGACUGUUUUCCUUUUAAAAGAAAGAAUUCUAUAUCAGCAGGAUUCUAUUCAAAGGAAUAAUAGGAUUCUAUUUUAUAUAGAUUCUAUUCUGUAUCAAAACCUGUGUUCAAAGCUUUCAAAAGAGGUGUGCCAUGUGGGUAUUAGUGUUUUGAGCAACAUGAAUGAGUCAAAGUUUCCCUUGGGCAUGUGAAACUAGUUCAUGGUUUUUCUUGGAAUCCAAAGUGUAAAGUAGAUAAUGAGUAUGAGCUGCAAGGAUAUUUCUGCUGUGCAAUAAACACAUAGCAUAUUAUCUGUGUAGUAACAGCUCAUCCCCGCUCCAAGCAGGGAAUGCACAAAGAAAUUCUCUUACAUAUGAUAGUAAUAAUGCAUUGUCUAAUAUUAGUAAAAACUUCUACCAUAUUGAUUUGUGAGAAAGACUAUGCUGAUUGAAAACAAUUUUUGUGAACUUGCUAUAAUCAACUGAAUACCAGUGUUGUCUGUAGUUCUGUUAUGAUGACAAGAGGAUGGAUUAAGCUAGAAAGAUGAGAUGGUUUCUAAUCUAGGAUGCUAAGACAGCUGGUUGUUCUAAAUGUGGGACUUUGGGGCUAGGGGUUGAAUAAGGCUCAGUGCUAGGGGGAUGCGGGUAGCACUGUGGUCUAAACCACUGAGCCUCUUGGGCUUGCCGAUCAGAAGGUUAGCAGUUCGAAUCCCCACAACAGAGUGC